AUGUGUGCCGCCUCUACUUGUUCGGCCUUUGUCCUCACGAGUUCUUCCAAUUAACGAAAAUGGAUAUGGGGCCAUGUCCAAAGGUCCACUCUUUGCAGCUGAGGAGAGAAUAUGAAGAAGCUAAGGCAAAAGGCAUCGAUAAUUAUGACAGAGAGUUGGAAGAUGCUAUUGAUAGGCUCAUUGUUGAGUGUGAUAGGAAAAUUGGUAGAGCUCUCAAGUGUCUUGUAGAUGAGGAUGCAAAGGCCGCUAUUGCUAUAUCAGUCUCUAAAGUUCCUCAGACACCAGAAGUACUAGAGCUUUCAAAGCGGAUUAAGGAGAAAUUGAAAGAAGCUGAUCAAUAUGGUAUCAUAUUUUUGCACUAGCUUCUCUUUUAUUUUUUCAGGGCUGUCUCUUAAGUGACCACCAAAGAUUUUUAUUCUUUUGAGAAAAUUUUUGUUUAUUCAUCCAUUUUUUUUUGAAAGUUAAAGUAACAUAGGAAGCAUCUGGCUUCGUGUGCUAUUAGUUAAGCUUUUAUGAUUUUAUUUUUGUUGAAAUCUAUCUACUUUUGAUGUUGAGUUUGAGGUUUUAUUUCACUUUUAUGCUUGAAUUCCUUGUUUUCAAAUUGCCUUUCAAAGGUUAUGUAUAAAAGGAGGGGGUGGGGGUUGGGCGGGUUGCUAGUAUUUUCUAUUGAGGUUUAUAUGUACGAGGUGUGACUCUUGAAUUGGAACAAAGAUGCAUUUUCUGCCUUGCCAAUUGAUGACGAAUACUUGAUUUGUUUUCUUUGAUUUAACUUGGUUAUUCUUCUGUGAAUUAAUUGAUUCGGGGUGCUGUCAAUUGUUGUGAAGUUUUUGUUUGUAAGUUCAAUAGAUUUCAUAAAUUUUA